AAAUUUGGGACGAGAGGCGGCGCUGGAGAGUUUUAUCAGCUGGUCCACUGAUAUGGGUGUAAAUCAUCAAAAUGUGCAAAUUUCGUAUUCAGCAGAUAUCGAUAGUUUUGGUCUUAAAUGCACAAAGAAUAUAAGCAGUGGCACCGUACUGUUGCAAGUACCGCGCAAAGCAAUUCUUUCCUGGGAUCUGGCGCGAAAGUCAUUAUUUUUGAGGUAAAU